GUGGCCAGUCAGGAAGCUUAGCUCUCAGAAAGAACAAACUGUCCUUAACUCCGCCCUGCCAGGUACGAUCUGCUGGGCUCCUCCUUUCCGCCAAAUACAUAUACUAGCCCUUCUCCGCCUUGUUUUCCCCCAUCGAAAUUUCCCUUUCGUUCCAUCCUCUGAUUCUCAGCCAGAGGUGCUCGGUUCUUGUGCAGCUUCCACAUCACCCCGCCAUCUAGAGAACCAUGAGGUCCUUUGCACCGUUCGCGUUGAGCUUGCUCGGAGCUGCAGCUGCAGUUUCCGCAAGUGCUGAUGUCGAGUCCAAUGUCAUUGCUUUGACCAAGGACACCUUUAACGACUUUGUCACAGAGCAUGAGCUAGUCCUGGCUGAGUUCUAUGCCCCCUGGUGUGGCCACUGCAAGGCCCUCGCCCCCAAAUACGAGGAGGCUGCCACCGAGUUGAAGGCCAAGGACAUCCCCCUCGUCAAAAUUGAUUGCACUGCUGAGGAGGACCUUUGCCGGGAAUACAAAGUGGAGGGCUAUCCUACUCUGAAGAUCUUCCGCGGUCUUCAGUCCAACAAGCCCUAUGCUGGUGCCCGCCAGACUGAGUCGAUUGUGUCUUACAUGGUGAAGCAGUCUCUUCCUGCGGUUUCGAGCGUGAAUGAAGAGAAUCUUGAAGAUUUCAAGACCAUGGACAAGAUUGUUAUUAUCGGCUACAUCGGUUCGGAUAACCAGAAGCAGAGUGAGAGCUUCCAGGCUUUCGCUGAAGAGCAGAGAGACAACUACCUGUUUGGUUCUUCGGAUGAUGCUACUCUUGCCGACUCUGAGGCUGUGACCCAGCCAGCCAUUGUUCUCUACAAGGACUUCGAUGAGAAGAAGGCUGUCUACACCGGAGAGUUCGACCAGGAGGCUAUUCUGACCUGGAUCAAGACGGCCAGCACUCCUCUUGUUGGCGAAAUCGGCCCCGAGACCUACUCCUCCUACAUGUCGGCCGGCAUUCCCCUGGGCUACAUCUUCGCGGAAACUCAGGAGGAACGUGAUGAGCUUAAGGAAGCCUUCCGCCCCAUCGCCGAGAAGCACCGCGGGGCCAUUAACAUUGCCACCAUUGAUGCCAAGGCAUUUGGUGCUCAUGCCGGCAACCUGAACCUUGAUCCCACCAAGUUCCCUGCCUUUGUUAUCCACGACACUGUGAAAAACACCAAGUUCCCUUAUGACCAGACGAAGGCUAUCGAGGCUGAGAGUGUCGGCGAGUUCAUCGAUGAUGUUCUCAACGACAAGGUUGAGCCUAGCAUCAAGUCCGAGCCUGUUCCUGAGGAGCAAGAAGGUCCCGUCACCGUUGUUGUUGCCCAUUCGUACAAUGAACUCGUCAUCGACAACGACAAGGAUGUCCUCGUUGAGUUCUAUGCCCCGUGGUGUGGACACUGCAAAGCUCUUGCUCCUAAGUAUGAAGAGCUUGGCAAGCUGUAUGCUAAGAACUCGGACAAGGUGACCAUCGCCAAGAUCGAUGCUACCGCCAACGACAUCCCCGAGACCAUCCAAGGGUUCCCCACGAUCAAGCUGUUCCCGGCUGGUUCCAAGGACUCUCCUAUUGAGUACUCGGGAUCCCGUACUGUUGAGGAUCUUGCCGAGUUCAUCAAGGCCAACGGCAAGCACCAGGUUGAGGGUGUUGCCGAGGAGGAGGUGGAGGAACCUGAAGAGGCUGGUACUGUUACUGCCACUGCCACUCCCGUCUCUUCUACCGCUUCCGAGGAGGCUACCGCCGCUCCUGCGGAUGAGGAUAAGAAGCACGAUGAGCUUUGAAAUGGCAUUUUCUUUACGAUUCAAAUCAUGAAAUGUAUUUUAUCAAAUUGAAUGGAAUUCAAACUCGAAAUUUCUUGAUACAAGUAGCUCUCCAAGCCCUGGUCUUCUCUUUUAGACUUCUCUUCUUACUUCUCAUAUGGUGCAUGAGCAUUAUUGGGCCUGUCUUGACUUUAUAUGAAUACAUAAAAGACUACACUAGGUGAAAUUUGGGGUUCUCUCUGGG